AUGAAAUCCUUCCACCAUCCCCACCGCUGCUCCUGGGAAUUAGAAGUGGGAAGAGGCGUGGAGCACACGGCAGGGCCGUCCCACUCGCCAGUUCUGGAAAACGGCAGCACUCCCAUCCGCCUCCGCCCUUCAUCACCCCCACCCCACGCUUUAGGGGCCACCUGGAACUCUCUCUCGAGGACGCCCCCCAGCCUGACCCGGGAGGUCUGGCGCGCCCGCCAGGCUGCAGGAAGUGCCGAGGCGCGCGGGGGAGCGGGCGAGCGCUCCCGGCAGUCGGUCCCUCCACCACUCCGGCGUCUGCCCUGGAGGUCGGUUCGCUGCUCAGCCCGGCACAGUGCGGAGUCGGAGGCUGGAGCGCGCCGACGACGCCGGAGGGCCGGGGAGCAGACACUGGCGCGGCCGUCCGCCCCAGGGGUGGGCAGCCUGUGCCUUGGCCGGGGCGCGCCGAGGCCCCUGGACAGCCCUUCCCCCAGCGCGGCCGGCCGCCAGGGGGGACAUCCCACCCUUCGGCUGCUCGCUCCUCCCCCUGCCCCCAGCGCACUCGCUUCUCUUGCCCCAGCCGCCGCGAGGCUCACUCCGCCCGCAGCUCCGCCGAGUCGCUCUGGGCGCUGCAGCGGCUGA